AUGAAUGUAACUGCGACCAGGACAGCAGCAGCAGCAAGUGAUGCCAUCUGUCUUAUCAGCGCUGAGGGAAAACCGUUGAAAACCGUUGGAUAUCUCAAGAAAUAGAAGGGGGAUGCAAGCACUUUUUGGUGAAUCACUAAAAUGAGCUUGAUUUGUAUUUUUAUCCGCAUUUUUACAUUUUUCGAGUGACUUCAAAGUUGUUUUCUAUUUUUUUUUAAUGGUUUAAUAUAGCCUAUAUUUUUUAUUUGAAUUGCAUUGCUUUCCCCCCCUAAUGGAUGGAAUUGAAGGCGAAUGACGCACCACACUGAAAUGAUUUAAAUGUUUUACGUGUUCUAGUGUGGAGGCAUUUUGGAGUGUUCGGACAGCCCACGUCAAGCUCUAGAACCUUUAGAACACCUGAUUGUUCUGUCGACAACACACCGAUGCCAAGUGGAACUCUUUCUCUCUCUGUUUACAUUUUACUCUCUUUGGCAAUUCAUCCACUGCAACUUUUUCAUUUAGCUCACCAGACCAGACGCACUCUUGUUUAGUUUUUACCCCAAGGAACUAUUAAAUCGUUUUUCCCUUUUAAGGUUUUUGAAAUGACGAGCCAAAGUACUGAGAGAAGUAGGCCUCUAGGGACUCUGGCGUUGCUGCGUUCCGCUUUGCUGUUGGGUCUUCUUCACAUUGGUGCACCAGAGGCGAGGAGGCUACGGGGCAGCCGCGCGCAACACCGGAGAGCCUCGGCCAUGCCGUCCCCAACGUUAACAUACAGGGACCGGGUAGUAGAGGGGACCGGAGCCGGUGAGAGCUUCCCGUUAGACUUCACCGCUGUCGAGGGGAACAUGGACAACUUCAUGACCCAAAUUAAAAACCUGGCGCAGUCGCUGUACCCGUGCUCGGCGCAGAAGCUGGACCAGGACAUGAGGCUGCACUUCUUGGACAAUUCCUCUGCGACGUGUAACGAUGGAUCCCCAGCGGGGUACUACAUCAAGGAAUCUAAAGGCAGCAAGAGAUGGCUGAUAUUCUUGGAGGGUGGAUGGUACUGUGUCAACAGACAGACUUGUGACACCAGGUACCAGACAAUGAGAAGAUUCAUGAGCUCCCUCAAGUGGCCACGCACCAGAACAGGUACAGGUAUUCUGUCUCCUCAGCCAGAGGAGAACCCCUAUUGGUGGAAUGCCAACAUGGUGUUCAUCCCAUACUGCUCUAGUGAUGCCUGGAGUGGAGCCUCAGCAAAGACUGACCAAAGUGACUAUGCGUUCAUGGGCUCAGUGAUCAUUAAGGAGGUGGUUAAUGAGCUGCUUACUAAAGGACUGGACAGCGCUAAGGUCCUGCUACUGGCUGGGAGCAGUGCGGGGGGUACAGGUGUACUACUGAACGUGGACCGUGUGGCGGAGCACCUGGAGUCCCGGGGACACGGGGAGAUUCAGGUCCGGGGUCUGGCUGAUUCUGGCUGGUUCCUGGAUAACAAGCAGUACAGAUCUACAGACUGUCACAGCACCAUCAGCUGUGACCCUACUGAGGCUAUCAGGAGAGGAAUCAGGUACUGGGGUAGUGUGGUGCCAGAGAGUUGCAGACAGACUCACAUAGGAGAGGAGUGGAACUGCUUCUUCGGAUAUAAAGUCUACCCCACGCUCAAGAGUCCAGUGUUUGUGGUCCAGUGGUUAUUUGACGAGGCCCAGUUAACAGUAGAUAACAUCCACCUGACUGGUCAUCCGGUCCACGAGUUACAAUGGAGAUACAUACAGAAUCUGGGCAAUGAGCUGAGGAACACACUCAAAGACGUCCCGGCCCUGUUUGCUCCAGCCUGCCUAUCCCAUGAGGUCAUCACCAGGAAUUACUGGAUGGACAUCCAAGUCAAAGGAACCUCCCUCCCCAGAGCCCUACACUGCUGGGACCGUGGUCUCCACGACAACAACCUCCACCAAAGAUCCUCCAACAACGACACCCAUAGCAACAAUCCUAACCCCACCCCCAACAAGGCUCUGCCCCCAGCUUCGCCUCCGAGGCGCUGUCCUCUGCGUCUGAUUGACAGCUGCCCCUGGCCUCACUGUAAUCCCACCUGUCCCACUAUACGGGAUCAGAUCACCGGACAGGAAAUGAGCGUGAUCCAGUUCCUGAAACACAUGGGGUUUGAUGUUGCCAAGAUGGCCCAGCAACAGGGCAUGGACGCAGGGAAACUGCUGGGGAUGCUGAAUAACGGGAACUGAGCAGGGAGAGACUCACACAGGUAGCUGAAAUGAAACGCUCACACACACACUCUGACACAGCAGGGCCAUAGAACGCUUUGGUGGAGAUGAACGGAACUCAAUGCAACAGAAUAGAAACAGAACUGAACUCUAAGCAACAGAACUGAACUCUAAGCAACAGAACUGAACUCUAAGCAACAGGACUGAACUCUAAACAACAGGACUGAACUCUAAGCAACAGGACUGAAGUCUAAGCAACAGAACUGAACUCUAAGCAACAGAACUGAGCAGAAAAAGUUACUGUGCUAAACUGAACUGGACUCGAUGGUGCAAUCUGUUCAUUUUAAAGUAAAUAAGACAACGGACUUGUGGAUUUAGAAAAUAUAUAUAUGCAUAAUAGGUGUAGAAGUUGUGUAUGUAUAUGAAGUGGAAUCCUCCGACUGUAAUGACUUGAUAGACUUCAAUGAUCAUUUUGAUCAAUGCUACAGAAGAUACAGAAUCAAGCUUCUGAUAUGGAAGGCAAUACAGCGAGCCCCUCAUAGGCUGCGUUUACACAGGCAGACUAAUUCUGAUCUAUUUCCACUAAUUGGUCUUCUAACCAAUCAGAUCAGGGUCUUUUCCCAAUAAUUGGGCAAAAGACCAGAAUUGGGCUGCCUGUGUAAACACAGCCAUAGUAACAAGGGUUCACUAGAACUGAUUGAUCAGAAUUGUCUCAAACGACCACAUAGCCUACUGCCACAUAUGAACUCACCAGCAGAGAGGGAUGGAGACUGCCACACCUAAACAUAGGAUACUAGCAGAGUGAGAGAUGUCUGGAUAGAUGAUACAGUAUGUGGGGAAUGGGAGAGAUGUCUGGAUGGAUGAUACAGUAUGUGGGGAAUGGGAGAGAUGUCUAGAUGAUACAGUAUGUGGGGAAUGGGAGAGAUGUCUGGAUGGAUGAUACAGUAGGUGGGGAAUGGGAGAGAUGUCUGGAUGUCUGAUACAGUAGGUGGGGAAUGGGAGAGAUUUAUGAUAUGGCGCUCUCUACUGGAGGUUUUGAGAAUUACAAACAUUUGUAUUCUUGCUGCUUCCAACUCUGCCUGGGUGAAUAAUACUGAAUGGUGCUUUUAGCCACAUAUGCUUUUAUACAAGGAUAAUAAUGGGUUAUACUUUAGUAUCUCUAAAAGGUUAUGUGAUUAACUGUUUGAACUCAAUGAAGGGUUGCACAUUGUCGGUAACUUUCACAAAAUGUUCCUGAAAUCCCAGUUGGAAGUUCCCUGGAAUCAGGAGGGAAUAAACAGAGAAUCUGGGAAUCAUCCAACCAGGAUUUCUGGGAAACCUGGGAAUUUUGCAACCCUAAAACUCAAGCUACUUUGGAGUUGAUAUUUAUUGGAUUAGAUGUAUCAUGUAUGAGUGCUAUUCUACUUCAUAUUUAUUAGGUGGAUCAGUGGUAUUACGACAGGAAAGUGAUUCUUUGGAAAUUGUCGAUAUAUUUAGCUCUUUUUAUGGUGCUGAUUGCAUGUCUGUAGUACAUUAUAAUUGUGUUGAAUAAUAGAAGGAUUUAUGUUUCAAUGAUUUAUAUUAGAUUUCUCCACUGAAAAGCACAAGUGCAGCAUAACCACUAGGUAAAACAUCAGAUAAGCAAAUACACACACAAAUAUGUUAAAAACAUUUAAUUACGUAUAAAGUAUACAAACAAAACAACUUAAAAACAAUAAGAGACAUUCAAAUAACGUACUGAUCCAGUGGUUGAUCUUCUAAGACCAUUUCCUGUUUGAACGAACCAAUCAGAUCGCCCGAUACUAAGAGGUGGAUUCUUCCUACAGAGACAGUAAACAUAGGAUGCGUCCAAAAAAGGUACCCUAUUCUCUACAUAGUGCACUACGUACGACCAGCGCCCUAUAAAGUCGUGCACUAUGUAGGGAAGAGUGCCAUUUCAGAAGCAGUGUGGUGACCACCAAUUAACAUUAAAAACAUAUCAAAAUCAUUUUAUAUCAGAAACGGAAAGAAAUAACCUGUUCACAGUUGGUAUGAAAGGGCUGUUGACAAAAUACCAGUUUAUACAAUAAAAACAUCUAAAAGGAAUUUUUAAAAAAUCAUACUAUUUACAAUU